AUGUGUAAAGUACGAACCAGCAGGAACCAGAAGGAACCAGCAGAAACCAGCAGGAACCAGCAGGAACCAGGAGGAACCAGCAGGAACCAGCAGAAACCAGGAGGAACCACCAGGAACCAGCAGAAACCAGGAGGAACUAUCAGAAACCAGCAGGAACCAACAGAAACCAGCAGGAACCAGGAGGAACCAGCAGGAACCAGCAGGAACCAGCAGAAACCAGCAGGAACCAGCAGGAACCAGAAGGAACCAGCAGAAACCAGCAGGAACCAGCAGGAACCAGGAGGAACCAGCAGGAACCAGCAGGAACCAGCAGAAACCAGGAGGAACCAGGAGGAACUAUCAGAAACCAGGAGGAACCAGCAGGAACCAGCAGAAACCAGCAGGAACCAGAAGGAACCAGCAGGAACCAGCAGGCACCAUCAGGAACCAGCAGAAACCAGCAAGAACCAGGAGAAAAAAGGAAGAACCAGCAGAAACCACCAGGAACCAGCAGAAACCAGGAGGAACCAGCAGGAACCAGGAGAAACUAGCAGGAACCAGUAG